AUGUAUAGACCAUAUUCGAAGUGGCAAUGGGCAUUUGUCCUGACUGCACUGACUCAAGCAGGUAUUGUGCUCGCAUUUGAAGUAUAUGUCUUCGCUACUUUCCAGAUUGAUGUUCUUGACCACGAACAAAUUGAGGCUGGGGAACCCAUCGAGCAACCGAAAACCACAAUACCAACCUUCCUCACAUUAUACAUUUUUGGCUUCUUAUAUCAGCUUGUUCUAGUUUACGACGCCUUGCGCCUGAAGAACACCAUACAAAUCAUCGGUCUAUGUUUGUACAAUGUCGGACUCCUCAUCUAUGGAUCUGUGCAAGUGAACCAGAUACAAGACGCAGUCGUCGAUCUAGCAACACGACAUGAGAUCGACCAGGGCAUCUGGGCGCGGACAAAGCCCUUUCUAAUUGCUAUUCCAUGCGUACUAGCCUUGGGCACUGUGUUUCUUGCUGUGGAGGCACGGAUGCUUUACGACGAGUUCGCCUGGACGAUCUACAAACACAUAUCAGCUGAUCUUCGUCUGAAGAGCAGAUAUCUCACCUACCAGAUCUAUAUCGCCCUCUUGAAGUUUGACUUCUUCUUCUUCCUCGGCUUCACUGUGCAAUUUGUUGUCAUUGUGAUCGACAGAGGCAGCCUCGAAUUUGCCCUUACCGUUGCUGCGAUUCCCGUCACAAUCAUCAUCUUGAUCAUGGCAGCCUUUUUUACCAGGCGAGAAAAUACCUGGGGCAUGUUACUUACCAUUGUGCGUACUCAGCCCUAUAUGAAUCUACCUAGACAAAAUACUUACCUUCCGCAGUUCCUCUAUUUUGGCGGUCUUGCGUAUUUCCUCUUCAAACUUGUUCGAAUGUACUCAGCAGCACGAGAGGCUGCGUAUAGGCCAGCAAGGAAGGAGUUGACGACAUUUGCUGUUCUCACCAUUAUUCUGAUUGUAACGACUAUCAUCUACGCGUGCAUAUGUACGCAUAAUUUCGGCAAAGGCCUUAAACCGUACAUCAACGAGAAAAAGACGGACCAUGAGGAUGAGAAGGCCGGAUAUGGAGGAUUGUUGGGUACGGAAAUGUCAAGUGGACCUCCUAGGGUUCCUAUCGGAGGAGCGCAGAUGCCUGCGAGGAUGGAAAUUGAUUAA